UACUUUUAUAUAAACGAAUUAUAAAUAAUGUAAAUAAUUUGGCAAAUGAUUUUGAAGACUUAGGAAAUUAUUAUGACAUUAAAUUAUUACAACAUAUGGAUUUUGAUAUUUCUAACAUUAUACAACUAAUUCUAGAUUUGUCGCAAAAAUUAAAAUACGUGAAAAAAAAUGCUCAACUUAUGCUCAUUAUGAAUCUCGAAAAGUGUUUGUGGAAUUGGAUUGAAUCGCAUACGUCAGAAUUUACCGAUAAUCAAAUCAAGCCGAACGAAGACCUCACGGAUUGCUGUGAUAAGUUAUUUUCCGAUCUCAACCUGAUUUCCGAGAAUCAUAAACGUAAAACGUCUAUAUGGUCUCUGCAAGUUAUGCUAUUGAUUCUCUGCCCAAAAAUACUGGAAGAGAUUACUAACGCUGAAACAGGUGCCCCUUGCUCUGCCCAACACAUUAAAAAGAAACAUUUUGUGGACAUUAUGAAAAAAUGUCUGGUAUCUCACAAUAUGUCUAAGAGCAUGUUGGAUUCUUCGUUGGCCACGUGCAUCAAGCUUUGCAAAGCUUCGACUUAUAUAAAUAUUAAUCAAAGUAACAACGUGAUGUUCAUCAUGGUUCAAUCGGUGAUGGCCGAAGUUAAGGCCCAUCUUUUUAACGUCCACAGACCUUAUUCCAGAGGCUCUUCAUAUUUUUCUCAAGAUAAAGAGUUGAUGAGAGAUUUUUUUAUAACCUGUUUUCGUGUUAAUCCUCACGGUAUGGAUUUGUUCAAACUUUGCGUUAACACGUCAUCUCCCAUGAUCUUCCACUUUGUCCUCUUUGAUUCCCUUCACAAAAUAGUUACUCAACCGAGCAAGGCAUGGUGGCCCAAAAUUGAUAUACUCUUUAACAAAUCUGUUGACUUGCGAAAUCUAUUUUCGGAUGUAUUAACUAAGGCAACUCAUGGACUCGCCUUUAACGCUUCCUCGCGUUCUUCCACAAGUUUUAAAGAAAAAGUAACGACGCUCAAGUUUAAAGAUAAAAGUGAGGAAAAUCCGAAUUAUAAACAAUUAUUGUUAUGCGCUAUCAAAUUAUUCAACAUGAAGCCCAUAUUGUUUUUAAAUCAUCGCAGCGCUCAAGAUCACCAUAAAUUUUCUGUGGCAGAAUUAAUUAACGCUCUGGCUUCAUUGGUUCACUUAGCCUCAACCAUGCCUGAGGUAGCUCAAGAAGCGAUGAAUGCUUUACUUCAUUUACACAGUCCUGACAUUGUACCCUAUUGGUGUUUCGCACCAAAUAAGGGGAACAUUGGAUUGUUAUCCCAAAACACGCUAAAUUUUUGCCAACACAUGCUAAAUUUUUGGAGCAUCAGUUCACAAGUAAUAUUAUCUGUGUGCCAAAAGUUGAUUCAGCGUCAUAUACCUAAUUAUUGCAACGUUUUGAGAUGGUUAUGGCACGUGCUGACGCUCCGAAAUGAGUACAUGCUUAAUAAACCAAUAAACUUUUCCGCCAACGAACAGAAUCUACUCAUUGCCAAACAAAUGUUUCUAAAAUUAGAAGUGGUGUGCUUCACCUUUAUUUGGAGUGUCAAUAUCGACGCCGUUUUAAUAUCCAUGUCGAUAUUCGCUAAUUUAUGCAAGGAGGUGGACAUAAGAUGUAGAUGCAACAACAACGAAAAACUUAGGAAUAAAAUAUGUCCAAAUUACGAGGUUUAUAAAGAAAUUGCGAAAACGAGCUCUUCCCUAGUCCCGACAGGUAGAGCUGCUAAUCAAAAACAAGUUCUCAAACUUUUAAGGCGAAUAGAAUAUAGCACUACUGCUACCGUUCAAGCUUGGGAGGACGCCUAUAAAUCAUGGGAAGCACUGUCCAAAAAUAUUAUAUCGGAUAAUCCUCUGACCAAAUUGAGUUGCAAGCCUUCCAUAUUUGCAAAUAGAUUUACAAAUCAAAAUUUUUCUUCGCAAAAUACUAUGGACGCAGCUCUUAAUAGUCCUGUAUCAGUGAUUAAUCAGGGUGAUUUAUCUUUAAAUAUAAAUUUGGAUCAUGUCAAUCAAUCAUUUCAGAGCUCAAAUUCAAACGAAAGUUGCGACCACUCAUUUUCACCGAGUAUUGUCUCUAAUCACCAUGAAGCCUGUGGUACACAUCAGAUUACUCUUAGUUCAAGUGAACCUAGGCAAAAUUAUCUCAAUUUCAUUAAUUACCAAUGGCGCUAUGUGCACAGUGACGAAAAGGAUCCCAAUCAUGAUAUAAAUGAAUGGGCAAACAUAACGGGAUACCUGCUUGCUUGUGGUCAUUUGAGCCAGAUAUGUGACAAUGAUAAUAAUAUCAAUACCUAUAGUUUGAGCGAUAAUAAGCGGCGAGAUUCCAGUAAUCCUACCAUGAUGAAAAACGAAAUAUUUGGUCUUACAAGCGCACUAUUAACAACUACUUCCUCGAGGAAGAGUAGCUUAGCCUAUGCUAGCUUAGAUUCGAAUCUUCAAUACAGUCCAAUCACUCAAUUCAUCGAUAACCUAUUACAGUUACUCGUUUGCGAAAAUGAAAAAUACGGACUCGCUGUUCAAACAUACAUAAAAGAUUUGUUAUCAAACGAACUGCACCCAACUUUAUACCCUAUCCUUUUCGAACAAAUCCGGAUGAGAAUCGAUAAAUUUUUCUUAAACACAGGAGAGGUUUUAAUAUGUGAAGCCAAUUCACGUUUUAUGGAACACGUGUUAUUUAUGAUCAAGCAAGUAUUGGAGAAAGAAAAUAUUAAAAUGGACGAGUUUAACAUCGAGAAUUUGGUUUCAAAUAUCAUAAAAUAUGUUCGUUAUUUGGACAUCUCCUCUCCAUUGUUAUUCUCCAUGAAGAUUAAAACAUGUCAACUUGUCGAAACCAUGAUGAAACGAAGAAUGGAUUUAACAUUUCGUCAAGAAAUUAAAUUUAGAAACAAAUUGGUUGAAUACAUAGUUGGUUGGAUAGUGCCAUUUCCCAGAUUUGUUGUAUCCCCAUUUUUGACUCCCUUUCCUAGUUAUUCGAAUAGUAAUACAUUAUGCAAUUAUCAUAAUAUGCAACGCUGUAACUCGGAAUCGGCAACUAAACCUCAAUACAAUUAUGGAUCGAUGGCUCCAUGUGUGCAUCUUAUAACCGAAAAUGAUCUAUGUCCGCCACGUGACUGCACUAACACAUCAAAUUUUACAAAAUUUCAAAACCACAAUACUUUGUCAUCACAACCUUUUGCCGCAAGAGAGCGAUGUAUUUGUCCGAAUAAAAGCAUGCUUAAAUAUUCCGGGCUCUGUCAUUCAUCGCCUUAUUUAUUACUAAAUAACGAAGACAAAGGAGCCAAAAUUGACUUUAUUAGCAACAAAUAUAACUGCUACAAGUGUUACCACGAAAAUAGGCAAUCUUCUGACUUAAUGACAAAUAAUUGCAACGAAUGUAAUCUUUAUUACAACUUCUCAGAUGAAAUGCCAACUUCUCAUUCUAGCGAACGCAGAUCUUCGUUAAUUCCCGACAAAUGUUAUCACUGUUACCCAUUCGGUAUUGACGGUCGUAAAUAUAAAGGUGAAAUCGGCGAGAAUUAUUUUAAUUACGUAAAAAAUAGAGAAUUAGAUUCGGCAUGCUUGAACGCCUUGGCACUUUUGCUGGAUGGCCUGCCCCUGCAGCCUCAAGAGAUGGAUCGAGGCAACGUGAUGGAAGCUAAAAGCCUUUUAUUUCAAAAAUAUCUCACCGUUUUCCUGAAUCUCGUAAAUGGCCAUUCAAUAUCUUCAUCCUCUCUCGCAUGCCCUGAUCUGCUAAACUCAUCAGAGCACCCUUCAUCCUGUGUUCCCUUUAUUCCUCUUUCUUCCACCUCGACCAAAUCCUUUUCUCACUUUUACGAUCUUACGAUACUAACAGCUUCGCGUAUGCUUAACGCCAAUUUGGACAUAGGCCUGACCCACUGUGUAUCUCACGCUUACUUACCCAUUAAUCCUCCUUCUUCCCUUCCUAUACUAAGCCUUCCUUCGGCCUUCCUAUCAACUUCGCUUAACUCUACAUUCAUUUUGGAGAUGUUAGCCAACAUCCUUCGAGAGGGAGCCCAAUUCGACUCUUUAUCUGACUCAGCCCAUGGCGACCGCUUUGGGCGUUUAACCGACCUGGUCACAAUGAUAACGGACUCGGGAGAGCUGCCAAUCGCUUCAGCUCUGGCUUAUGCUUGCUCCCAGCAUCCGCUUCACGCUGACGCUCUUGCUCGCACUUUAGUACGCGUAUUUGAGGAAAAGCACCUAUCUUAUCAACUGUACUGGAACGCCUUUUCUCGCCAGACUUCCAGCCCUUCUUAUAAACGUAAAGGAGGUAGUCCAGGAGAUAUCAACAUAAACGCAACUAUAAGCAGUGUGAGAGGAUUAGGCAAUAAUGAUCCCUGCUUUUGGCGUGGGAACGACUUCGUCAACAAACUAAUGAGCGCUUGUUUUAGGACGUUUGGGGCCACCUAUCUGAAAUUAGUUCUCAGUGCCCCUUUGCGCCAACUCUAUGACACUUUUUCCUCCGACCCAACCUAUUCUCUUGAGGUGGAUCCUGAAAGGUUGAUUUCCAAAACUCCCUUUCACGCAUCUGGCAUUCGAGAAGACAUAAAAGCGACUGUUGCCGUUAAUGCAUCUCGCCUACAAAAUCAUUGUGACCUUGUACUUUCAGCAGUGACUAACUCGGGCUCACUCUUUCCUCCCCAACUGCGCACUAUGUGCCAUUGCCUUCAACUGGCUGUCAGGCACGACCAUUAUGAUGACGAUGAUAAUAGUGCUAACACUACUCUACCAUCACGGGGUUUGGCCGGAAGUCUGGUAAUUUUGCGUUUCAUAAAUCCUGCUAUAUUAGUGCCCCAGGAAUACGAUUUAUUAGAAAACGGCAAUCAAUCACUUGAUCCCCGCUUUAAAAGAGGACUCACCCUGAUCGGCAAAGUGCUGCAGAAGAUCACAAACGGUACCCUAUUUAAAGAAUCCUACAUGAAACCCUUCAACCCUUAUCUGCGGACCAAUAUUAACUGUUGCGAUAGUUUUUUUAAUGACAUUUCCAGUGAACUCUCUUCUUCUACCAAUAAUAAUAAUAAUUGUCACGAGAUGUUUAAUAAUAAACCUACAGAGCAACUUGAAGAUUACGAUCGAUGCCAGUCUUAUAUCGACGAUAACACCUUAAGCACCUUGCACAAACUAUUAUGGACCUACCAAGAAAAAAUUGGCGAGUACCUAAUGACGAGUUAUGAUCAUAAAACUACGGGUCGUCGUCCUUUUGAUAAACUCACUACCCUGCUGGGAUACCUCGGUCCUCCUAACCAAGGCCCUGCUACUACAAAUUGGGUAGCCUCUGAAAUGAACACCACAAGGUUUGAGGAAAUGAUGACGAAACAUAACGUGCAGGAUAAGGAUGAUUUUAAAAACAUUAAAUCUCUCAAUAUAUUUUAUCAAUCAGGUGUAUCCAAGGAGGACCACCCUGUUUUUUAUUAUAUCGCAAGAAGGUAUCAAGUUACAGAGAUGAAUGGAGAUCUUCUAUUGUAUCACAUAAUACUAACUCUUAAACCAUACUCCAAUAAACCAUUCGAUAUCGUACUUGAUUUGACAAACGUCAAAAACGAAAAUCGUUUCAAAACAGAUUUCCUACCAAAAUGGUUUCUUCUCCUUCCUGAUCAAAUAUUUGCCAGCUUAUCCCAUUGUUAUGUUUACAAUUGUAACUCGUGGGUUCGGGAGUUCACAAAAUUUCACGAUAGAAUACUAUCACCACUUAAGAACAAUCAAAAGCUUUUGUUCAUCGAAUCUCUUUCGAGGCUGGGCCAUUACAUUGAUCCGUGCCAGCAAAAACUUCCUAGCACUACAUUGUCCUUGGAUGAUGAUCUAAAGAUAUAUGGAAACGCCCUUAAACUCGCUCACAAAGGGACACGUGUUACUAUAAAGAUAGGUCCCGAGGCUAUUCAAGUGAAUUCACUGGACCGAACCAAAAUUUUGGGAUAUGUCACCCAUCUUAACGACGUGUAUUACGCAUCGGAGAUCGAGGAAGUUGGCUUACUCGAUGAUGACACCUUCACAUUUACGGUCGCCAACCAAGAUGGACGCCCACUUUCUUUCAUUCACCCUGAGUGUGAGGCCAUAGCAGCCUUACUUGUGCACAUGCGUGCAAAUUGGGAAGUUCAACAGCAACACCACCCAGUCGAUUCUCAUUUGUUUCUCUCGGAGCCCCAUUCCCGUUUUCGGAUGAGGGCCAAAGACGUCCCCGGAACUCUCCUCAAUAUGGCCUUGUCCCAUUUAAGCACGCCAUCACUCCCCAUGCUUCGCAGUGCUGCAUAUAAUCUUCUUUGUGCACUAUCUUCCGCAUUCAAUCUGGGUCUUGAAGACGAACUUCUUUGGGCUGAUGGCCUUUCCAUUCCACCAUCCAACUGUGAAGAUUUACCUUUUGUUCAAAGAAUAAGCUCUCGCUUGGCUCGCGCUCAUCCCCACUUAACGCUCGACUUCAUGGAAGAAAGCGUAUCACGAUGCACGUCAUCAUCUCAUGUGAAAGCUCGUUUGCAAUAUACCAUUCCUUGGAUAGAUAACUUACCCAGGUUUAUUAAAAACGGGGGGAGCUCUUGCAACGACACCAAACGGAAACGUUUAGUCAGUAUCAUUAACAAACUAUUGGCACUGUCAGUGCAAGAGGGAAAUCUAACUGCAACAUGCUGGGCUAGAAUCGGGCAGAUGAACGGCGACAUUCUUGAUCUCACCCUGGACUGUUUCAUUGAAUCGAGUUUGUCUGUAGGACUUGGGAGUCGUCAUGGAGAGAUUUUGUUGGAUACGAUCGUUUCCCUAGCGUCCCUAAAUGGGCGUGCUGUUUCCCGCAAAAUAAUUUUCAGGCUGUUUAGAAUUCUAGACGCUACCGCUUCUAAUUCCACUCCUUCAUUGGCUCAUCACAAAUCCUGGACCGAAAUUACAAUUCUAACUCGCUAUUUGCUAGCGCUCUCCUUUGACGACCUAGUAGAUGUUAGUUCUCAUUUACCCUAUCUGUGCUACAUAGUCGUUAUGUUAGCUGGAAUCGGCUGCCAAUCCUUUAGAGCCUGCUUACACGGGCUCACUAUAAACGUGAUGCAUUCCUUAUGUACUAGUAGCAAAGUGGUUUUGAACGAAGAUAGCAAAAAACUUUUGAGGUUAAGUUUGACUGAGUUGUUUACUUUGACAAAAUUUCGUUCUAUUUUCGGUGUAGAGGAUUGUAAAUCGAUUCCACUUAUGGCCUUUACCCCUAUACCAUUUCCAUGUAAUUAUCUAAAGCAUACGAAUGAUAAAGGAGAAUUGCCGUUACUCUUUGUCUCCCCUAAUGACAACCGACACGAAACCAAUACUCAGCAAAGAGACAUGUACGAUAAUCUUUUUACUUCGAAUGAUAUCACGCCCGGACCAUCAUUAUACUAUUUGGAAUUUUUGAUUGACGCGUUCCUUGAAAUCAUCGAAACUUGCUACAAAACUAUUCCGGAUUGCGAUUGGCUGCAAAUUUGGACGGAUUUAAAUAAAACGUUUACUUUUAGAUCUAAUCCAUCGCUUCAACCUCGCGCUAUGAUCGUUUACGGGUGCAGUAAUAAAUCCUUAAACGAACAAGACAUUAAACACUUAUUGUGCAUCCUCUCUAAAGCGUUAGAGUCCUUCGAUAAAAAUCAAAUUUUGAUUGAAAGUAUUAUUUUAAGUUUGACCAGACUCGAACCAAUAGUUCCGAAGAACUCUCUUAUACACCCGUCUCUAUUUUGGGUGGCAAUCGCUGUUCUGCAAUUUGAAGAUAUUAAAUUUUACGAGUGCGCUUUGGCUUUAUUAGAGCAAGUUCUUCAUUCUUUGCACGGCUACGGAAUUUUUUACGAAAACUCCCUAGAACAUGUCAUGAUGUCCUUUCGAAAACCUUUAGAUUGGCAUUUCAAACAAAUUGAUCAUUGCGUCGGCCUUAGUUUUAAGCACAAUUUUAAUUUUGCAUUAGUUGGGCAUCUAAUAAAAGGCUACCGCCAUCCUAAUACGAGCGUCGUUUCUAGAACUAUUCGCAUUUUUAAUCAUCUUUUGAUGAUAACAUCGCUCGAUAAUUCUAAUGAUCAACCAAAAAUUUCUCUUCAUAACUUGCCUUACAUCACUGCGCUGCUUCCUGUGACCGAAGAGAUCAAACUUAGAUAUCCUAUAAAAAAAUGUAAGAGUCCUUCUCAUAAGUCCGAUUCUUGCGCUUGCCCAAUUUCGAAGAAAAACAUUUUCAACUCCCAGAUCGAGAUUUGUGCUCUAAAUCAUUCCUCGUUGCUUGACGAUGAAAAGAACAGAUCCGAUCCUUUCAACCAUCUCAGCUUAACCAAGACGAAUCGUAAUAGCGAUCCUACUAUUUCCAAGAAAAAUGUCACGUUUGAGGACAAUCUUGGCAUAGAAAAUCAGUUGACGCCUAGGUGUUUCGUAAACAAGGACGAGUCGAUGUUCUUUGCUUCCAAGACUAGGAGAUCUAGCUCAAUGCCAACCCCAACCUGUCAAUCUCCUGACCUCCAGUCAGAUUUUUCGAACUUAGUAUUACAAAGCCGUUUCGAUAAUUCUCUCAACUCUGUUUCCUUGGGAUCAUUGAAUACCAUACAUAAAGUUGAACCAUCGACCGAUGAUUACUCGCUACUAACAUCCGCCUCUUCGUCACCCUACUUACGCGAAACGGGUCUCUCUUUUAGGGACUUCUUCUUUUCUACCGUCCUUACCCCUAAAUCUCACCACACUUCUCUAUGUUCACACGAAAACAUUUUUCAAUUGCUGAGGAAUAAUCCCGAUGUUCAAGCCUUAUUGAUGGUUCUUCUAGCCACACUCUUAAGACUGGACGAAUAUUACAAUUUACCUCUCGCCUCGCAUAACGCAGUCAACGGUUCCUCGAAAAAACUAGUGAUAUACCAGUAUCUCGCCAAGGCGUCCGAGAUUUUUCCUUUAGUAUUUCCCGUGGUAUAUAACCUGAUAGACGGGCGUCAGCUAAUGAACAGCUUGCUACAAGUUUCCAAUUUUAACUCAUCCACUUUGGCCCAUCCCUUGAAAUCUUUUGAAACAAUAAUAAAUAACUCGAUUACAUUUGCUCACCGCUCAUCGCUAACAACGAAUGCACUAAAGUUCAAAGGCUCGAAUAUCUAUUUACCCGACAUAACCCCUGUAUUCCCAACUCCUUCCCCUGAAGUUAAUGAUGCUGUUCAGGAACCUCCUAGUUUGAACGCUGGUCCUUAUGAAGAAUCUCAUCAGCAUCAAGUUUAUCAGCUAUCCUAUUUGCAAACGAUUGGAUUUGGAGGAUUUUGGACUUUUGCGGGAUCGUUUAAUCAAAAUAUUGUAAGCUCAAACAAUUUGGAAUUGUUUAUAAGUUGCCUCGAAGCUAUGAUGACGUGCUUACCUCCAUCAGACGAUGAUAGCAAUUUCAAAUGUCAAGCUUCAGAAAAUGACUUCGAGAAUUUGCCAAAUGCUUUUCAAUUGAAGGACGGUUAUUUUCAAGCAGGCCGAAGGGUUAGAAGUUUAACGAAUCCCGAUAGCACUUCCAUUGAUAUGUGUCUGAGUUUACAGGAAGGCUCUUUAUCCGAAUUAAAUCUGCAAAACGUGAACAAAAUAUCUUUUGAAUUAAAACUAAAAGAAAACGCGUAGGAUCAGCUACGUUUUUAUACAAACUUAUUCGUUUUUUUAAAGAUAUCAUCAAACAAUUAUUUUAAUAGUUUAUAAUUAAUAUUAUAUAAAUAUUACACUCAUAAUAUCGCUGCAGUACUAGUAUGCCUAAAUAAUUAAUGUCCCAAACCUUAAAUAUUUAUUCCUUUAUAUUUAUUUAUUUUAUCUGAUUUUUUUUAAAAAUAUAUUUAAUAAAAUUUAUUAUAGAAAAGUUAAAAGUUAUUAUUAUAUAAAAGCAUAAAAAUAUAAUAUAUGGGAUCUCACAUUUAUAAACA